UAAUCUAGUGGACGGAACGCAAUGCUGUUAGUGUGACGUAUAAUCUAGUGGACGGAACGCUUCUUUUAGCAGCAGCAACAGUUAGUCAGACACCUCUGUAGCUUGCUAGCCAAAGUAGCCGAACCCAUAAAGCUCUUUAGACGCUUUAGUGUAUAUUAGCCACUGUAUUUUAAACCCUUGUCUGUCGUCUAGUUGGUUAGUUAUCCUAUUUAAUUUCAUAUUUACGGUGCUGUUGUUAUUAUUCAGCUAGCGGGCUGGUUAAGUUAGCAUUAGCCUAGCUAACAUCUCCGACCAUGAGUUCACUAAAUUACUCUCUUCCUGCUGAAGAAGAGACGGUCUGUUGGACGGAGAAAGAAGCUCUCAUCAAAGAGGAGGAGGAAGAGAAGGAUGUUACAAUACAAAAACAAGCAGAGGGUGAGGUUGUUACCCUGAAAGAAGAAGAUAAAGACGUUUCAGUGAAAGAAGAGGAAGACGUUACAGUGAAAGAAGAGGCGUUCAGAGUGAAAGAGGAGGAGGGUGUUACAGUAAAAGAUGAGGAGGAUUCAGUUUUUGAAGUGAAAGCGGAGGAUGGGGAGUUUACGGUCUCAUCGGAAGAAGAGGAGGAAGAAACUGAAUAUCUGGGCCCGAUUUCCCAAACGCAAUUUAAGGCAUCCUGUGGUUCUAAAGAUGAACUUAGCCAUAAGAUGGUUUUGAGAAACUGGGCCGUGAUUACCACUGGAGAGAGACGGGACUACCGUGGGUCCUCUGGGGAGCCUCAACAACCUCAUGAUGCUGACAAGGCAGAGAAGAGUUUCUCCAUAUCAGAACACCUCAAGAAACACCAGCAGAGAUCCACAGGGAAGAAACCUCACUGCUGCUCUGACUGUGGGAAGAGAUUCACCUCCUUAGCAGGCAUUAAAAUUCAUCAGAAAAUCCACACAGUAGAGAAACCUUAUAGCAGUCAAUGUGGGAAGAGUUUUACUCAUUCAACCAGCCUGAUAUCACACCAGAGAACACACACAGGAGAGAAACCGUAUAGCUGUGAUCAAUGUGGGAAGAGUUUUGUUACAUCUGGCCAUCUGAAGAUACACCAGAGAACACACACAGGGGAGAAAUCGUAUAGCUGUGAUCAAUGUGGGAAGAGUUUUACUACAUCUGCCCAACUGACUCUACACCAGAGAACACACACAGGAGAGAAACCUUAUAGCUGUGAUCAAUGUGGGAAGAGUUUAACUCAGCUAAACAACCUGAUAUCACACCAGAGAACACACACAGGAGAGAACCCGUAUAGCUGUGAUCAAUGUGGGAAGAGUUUUACUACAUCUGCCCAACUGACUCUACACCAGAGAAUACACACAGGAGAGAAGCCUUAUAGCUGUGAUCAAUGUGGGAAGAGUUUUACUACAUCUGCCCAACUGACUCUACACCAGAGAAUACACACAGGAGAGAAACCUUAUAGCUGUGAUCAAUGUGGGAAGAGUUUUGCUGCAUCUAGCACUCUGACUCUACACCAGAGAAUACACACAGGAGAGAAAUCUUAUAGCUGUGAUCAAUGUGGAAAGAGUUUUGGUCGAUCUGGCCAGCUGACAUCACACCAGAGAAUACACACAGGAGAGAAAUCUUAUAGCUGUGGUCAAUGUGGAAAGAGUUUUGGUCGAUCUGACCAUCUGACAUCACACGAGAGAAUACACACAGGAGAGAAAUCUUAUACCUGUGGUCAAUGUGGGAAGAGUUUUAAUACAUCUGGCUCUCUGACUGUACACCAGAGAACACAUACAGGAGAGAAACCUCAUAGCUGUGAUCAAUGUGGGAAGAGGUACACUGAUAAAAGAUCUCUGAUAAAACAUCAGAAAAUACAUGGAGUUGUUUCAUGAUAUCAAUGAAUUAAUGUCACAAUGUGGAAUGUUUUAACAUUGUAGUAGGAGUAUUUUAAUGAUGUCACAAUGUAGAAGCCUAAAUGUUUGUCCCCUGUUCUAUUGAUUUCAACAUAAUAUGGAUAUUAGCCUCAGGGGGGAAAUCCAGGCUCUGAAUUGAAAGAGUACUAUUUAUGUGAUUUAACAAAAAGUGACUAACACAAAAAGAGCUGUGUUACACUUACCAUGUUGAUGACCCACUUGAAUCAAAAUGCAGCACUUCAAAAUGUAGCGAUCUAUUUUCUACAAAUUGUCCUCUAAUCGGGGAUGUACACAUACUCCCAGAUUCUGUGUGGUUUUUGAGCUGUUAGUUUUAACAGGACGUGCAACCUCAUCUCCCUUCUGUCACACAAUUAAUUUUGACAUGAUAUCGAUGAGUGAUGACAAAUAAGUUUUGUGUUCCUUUGUUUAGCGACCCCUACAUUUAAAUACAUCACUCCAAAAUGUAGCUGACUGUUUUCUGCAGGUUGUCCUCUAACCAGUGAGGUAAAAUAUAUCUCCCAUUUCCAUGUGUUUUUUUUAGUUGUGUUAGUUUCAACAGCAGGUACAACCUGAUUUCCCCCCUAAUCGAUAUCAGUGAUUUAUUGCUACUUGUCAAAACAACAGUGUUUCUGGUGCUUGUGCAGUUUAUAAGGAGCUUGUUUUAAAAAAUAUUAUUGUGGCAGAUGUUUGUGUAUAUACCACAUGUUAGGUUUUCAAUUUAUCCCAAACUGUUUCUGCAUAUUGGUUAUUGAUUUGGACACGUUAAAACUGUGUUUUGACAUUGGGGCUAUCCCACCUAGAAACUAUGCAACCAAAUAUUUCAUAUUUACAUUUCAUGUAGCAUUUGGUAAUGGUAAUUAUUUAUGCAACCAACUGACAAUUAUAUUGACAUUGAAUUCUGCUUUUCUAAAAGCACAUUCUCAGAUGUGCCAAACCAAAUGUACUAGAGCAUGACAUUGGGGUCUGAGCCCCGAUCCAACAACAUGCCUAUCUAGUGAACCCUGAAAAGAGAGAGAAGCUCCACAGUGAGGUGGAAAGUUACUACGAAUAUUGCUGGAGUUUCCUCUUGAAAUCAGACAUGUCUGUGGUGAGAACAACCUGGUUGCUGAUUGUCUCAAGGGGGGCAGUCAAAAUGUUUUGCGUUUAGCCAGUGCAUUGCCAUGGAUCACAAUUUAUUUUGACUGUUUUUCCGUAUUGGAGAUUAGUUUUGUUUGGGCUCGUUUCAAGGGGACGAGAGUUCUAGAAGCUAGUCAGUUUUAGGAAGAGGAGAGUUCUAGACGCUAGUGGGUUUUAGGAUGACGAGAGUUCUAGAAGCUAGUGGGAAGCUAUAGAAAGAAAAGUCUUUGUGGGAAUAAUAAAAAUUAAAAAAUAUUGUUUUUAAUUGUUGUUGCCAGUAGACAGACACCAUGUUUAUAUUGGUGACGGUGAAGCAUUGUAGUUGAUUCUAAUGUGACAUGGAAGUUGUUUUCUGUUGGUGGUGAGCAUUCUCUUAAGCUUUUGGUUUUUCCAUUUAUGUUUUUAGGUUGGACUUUAGCACGUAUAGCUCGUCAGCACGUAGGACCCACUGAUUGGUGUCACCUCGUUAGUCAGUAUGUGUUACACCUGUGCUGGCUUGUCCAUCUCGUUAGUGGGAAGGUGUUUCACCUGAGCUGGUCCAGGUUCUAUUUAAGGGUGUCUGGCCCAGUGCUCCAGUUGUCUUGAUAGAUGUGGAGAGUCAACACCUUUAGUUGCUCCACUUUUUUGGUUUGCUUCCUGUCUUUAAGUUUGGUGUGGGUUUUUCUUUUGUUUCCCUCUUCUUGGUUAGAUUUAGUGGGACUCAUGGUGGGUGUCUUUUAUGUCCCAGUUGUUGUUACUAGUCAAACUAGUCUUUCAGAGCCCCUCCUAAAAAAACAAGCUGAUAUUUUGGGUUGGAUGUUGCAUCCAAUUAAUAUUUUAAUCAAUGGCAUUUCCUUAGAAUGUUCAUUAGUCUUUCAGUUGUUAAUCUUCUGUUUUUUUUAUCCUGUUAUUUUUGUGUACUAAGUAUUUCUGUUUAUUUUCAUUGUUUUCUCCUGUAAAGCCAUUGUGUAGCAUCCAUGUCUGAAAUGUGCUGUAUAAAUAAAGCUUGAUUUGAUUUGAACAAA